UUUCGCGAGAUCCCACCACGAAACAUCCUAUUUGAAAAAGAAAAAAACUAAGUAAAAAAUCCCCCUAAAAAAUCUUCCAUCUCACUAUUCGUCUUUUUUAUUUCUUUCUACUCAGCCAAUUUGAAAUCAGAGCUUCGAGCUGUUUCAACAUUAACGUUUAGUUUGAGUUAAACCAUCAAAGUUUUUGGUUCGACUUAAAAAAUGGCAAAAAUGACUGCUUUAUGUUACAAUUUUCUAUUGAUUACCGCGAUUUGUGUAAUUAAAGAAGUGAAAUGUGCUGGAGAACCACAUAUAAUUAUCAUUAUCGCCGAUGAUCUUGGUUGGAAUGAUGUUAGUUAUCACGGAAGUAGUCAAAUAAUGACCCCCAACAUCGAUUGCCUUGCAUACAACGGAAUAAUAUUAAACAGCCAUUACGUGCAACCUUCUGGUUCAGCAACAAGAGCUGCUUUAUUAACUGGAAAAUACCCCAUCAAAUUAGGAAUGCAAGGUGAAUCAAUAAAACCCGGCGUCCCCGUUGGUUUGCCAGACGGAAAAAUCCUCCCAGAAUAUCUCAAAGAUAUCGGUUACGCAACUCAUUUCGUUGGAAAAUGGAAUUUAGGUCAAAGCCGAUGGAAUGAUACUCCAACCCAUCGCGGUUUUGAUCAUCAUUUUGGAUUUUUUAAUGGAUGGACAAGUUAUUAUGAUUAUUUAACUACAGUAACUGUUAACGGAAAAGAAUACACGGGUUUUGAUUUAAGAAGAGACACCCAACCAGCUUGGGAUCUUUCCGGUCAAUACGCAACCGACAUUUUUACAACAUACGCAACCGAUACAAUCCAACAACACGACGUCGCAAGACCUCUAUUUAUGGUAAUUUCUCAUUUAGCAGCUCACGCAGCGAAUCCUUCGAAAUCAUUGGAAGCACCACAAGAAAGUAUCGAUAAAUUUGGGCACAUCAUUGAUUCGGGGAGAAGAACUUAUGCAGGGAUGGUUUCGAAAAUUGAUGAUAGUGUAGGAGCUAUCGUUUCAUCUUUAGAACAAAAAGGAAUUUUUGAUAACACCGUAAUUUUGUUUAUUUCCGAUGGGGGAGCUGCAAGCGUUGGUGAAAUUGGAAAUAGAAAUUUUGGCUCAAAUUAUCCUUUUAAAGGGAUAAAAGGGUCUUUAUGGGAGGGUGGAGUUCGAAGCGUGGCGUUUAUUUCAAGCCAGUUAUUCCUACAACGUGGAAGAGUUAGUACUGAUUUAAUUCAUGUAACGGAUUGGUUGCCAACGAUAUUAUCUGCAGCAAACAGCGAGGUCAACCUCUUCGAUUUAGAUAUCGAUGGUGUUGAUUUAUGGUCGAGCUUAAAUUACAAUUUCGAUACAACACGUCGAAGCACUCUCAUAAAUAUUGAUGAGAAAAACAGGAACGCCGCUUUGAUCCUUUCCUCGUUUAAAUUAAUUGUUGGCUCGACCCUCAACGGUUCUUACGAUGAUUAUUUCGGGGAAUCUGGCGAAGAAAACCUUCAACCGAUUUCUUACAACAGCUCCGCAGUUUUUAAUAGCUUGGUUGGUCAAACGAUAACGAAAUUAAGCUAUCAACCCACAAACGAAUUCGAAUAUGAAUCAUUAAGGAAUCUAGCUACAAUUAAAUGCGAAGGAAGCGAUGGAAAACACCCUUGCGAUCUAUCAGAUGGAGGAAUUUGUUUAUUUAAUUUAGCUAAAGAUCCUUGCGAACAAGACAACAUGAUAAAUAUGCUUCCAAGUUUGGUGAGACAAAUGAAAAGGAAAAUUGUUGAGUACAGAGAGGGGUUGAUAGAACAAUUUGAAAUGAUACCCAAUAUUGAGGAGAGCGACCCAAAGAAAUUCCAAUAUGCUUGGAAUCCUUGGAAAGAAUGCGUUGAUGCUUUAUGUACCGCUUAAAAAUUAUGUUUUAAAUAUUAUGUUUGUAUUAUGUAUCAUUUUUUAGUUUAUAAACGCAUUAAUUGAA